AUGAAAUUCUUUGCUGUAUUCGCUGUAAUCUUUGUGGCUGUUUGCUGUCUAGCCAGCCUGGCUAAAGGAUCCCCCCUUGAGGAUGCGAAAUUUGUCCAUGGUGCUGAUGCCUUAAAACAAUUGGAACCGGAGUUACAUAACCGUUAUAAGCGUGCCACUUGCGAUUUGUUAAGCGGUUUGGGUGUUAAUCACUCCGCCUGCGCAGCCCACUGCUUGUUGCGUGGUAAUCGUGGUGGCUACUGUAAUGGCAAGGGUGUUUGUGUUUGCCGUAAUUGAAGUAUUG